UAAAGAAAAAUAUAUAAAAUUAUUUAAUAAAAUACUCGUUUUUUUCAAAUGUAAUAAUUACAUGUGUUAAGAGCGAAUACGAAUGUUUCCAAAGAUCAUUAGAGAUUGUUAUUGAACACUCCAGAAAUUUCUAACAGUACUGGGGUGUCGUACAAUCUCGCAAAGUGCAUUCUGUUUGAGUCAGUGCUUGACCAAAACGUCGAAGGAUUGAUAGUAAUUGAGAGUGCAGUACUAAGAGUACGCGAACUAUAUAAAAACGUAAAUUCUAUCAUAAAUUAUACUACAGUAAACCUGAGAAACAUUUAAUUUUUCUCUGUGCUGUUGGAUUUGUUUAAAUUAUACUUGUUGGUCAAUUUUUGGAAAACUAUGUCUACUAAAGCUGACGAGGUUAAAUUGGAUAUAGAAGAAUUAGACAAAUUGCUUCAGCAAGCAAGUCGACAGAAAGUUAAAGAUGUAAUUAGUGUUGAGAUUCGAAAGUUACAAACAGACUUGAAGAAGUUACAAGAAGAUGAGAAAAGUGCACCUAUAAAAUCCUCCGAUGCAACAGUCAAUACUACUCAGAAAUUUUAUGAAGUUAAAUUAAAUAAUUAUGGUUGGGAUCAAACGGACACAUCAGUAAAGUUAUAUGUUACUUUGGAGAAUGUACAACAGUUGCCUAAGGAAUCUGUUGUAUGCAAUUUUACCGAGAAAUCUUUGGAUCUGCAUGUUCUUGGAUUAGAUAAUAAAAAUUAUGUUUUAACAAUUAAUAAUCUAUGCGAAGAGAUAGAACCAACCAAGAGUUGUUUCAAAGUAAAGAAAGAUAUGGUUAUUGUUUCUGUUAUUAAGAAAGAAAUGAAAACAUGGUCACACGUGACAGGAAUAGAAAAGAGGAUAAAAACAUCAAAAUCGUCACUUCCUGAUAUGGAUGAUGAAAGUGACACUGGAUCAAAAAUAAUGAACUUAAUGAAAACAAUGUAUCAUGAAGGAGAUGAUGAUGUGAAAAGAACAAUAGCCAAAGCCUGGACGGAGAGUAUGCAGAAAACAGCUCCUGGUCUGUCAGAUCUUCAAUUUUGUGACUAAACAUACUCUAAGACCAUAAUUUGCCAGAUAUUAAUGCUUUGGAGAUGGAAUAGUCCAAUUAGAAUAGGCAGUAGAUCUAAAAUGCAAAUAAAAAAUUUGCAUUAUGAUGGUAUCAAUUCUUAAAGUUUAAUUUACAAUUUUUCUUAUAUAUUAGGCUCAGUACGAGUUCUAAAAGCCAUCCCCAAUGUGUUAAUGUACAGAAUAAAUCUAGACCUAAAAUUUCCAUGCACAUACAUUAUUUUGAUACAAUUUUAUUUCGUUUUUGUGUAUUCUAAAUAUUACAGUAAAGAGGAAUAUUUACUAAUUUGUGUAAGAGACAUUAAUUGACUGAUAUUUGUUUAUCCUUAAUUAGACUAAUUAUAACAUACUGAACAAAUUUUCUAUAGACAUUGCUGUAUCUAAAGAAUUUAGAAAGAAAAGAAGUCUUACAUUUCUAGACUAUGUAAUGACUUUUUGGUUCUCCAUUCAUAGUAUAUAAACUACAUUGUAGUGUACUGCUUACAAUAAAGAAUGCACAAAACAAA